CAAUGUGUUCAUCGGCCACCGCUUCCCCUUCAGUGGAUAAAGAAAACGGAAGUAUUGCACAUUUAAAUGUACAAAACCUUUUGGAAUGUAAAAAAUCCGUUGGAAUUAAAUGACUGACCGGUGAUGAGGUUGGCACUCAAAGCGUUAAGAUUUUGGCACCGAAGUAGCGGAAUGAAUACAAGAUUCUACAGCUUGCCUGGCUCGAGCGGUGCUCCAUUGUUUUUAUGAUGUGGAGAGCACUCGUGGCAAUGUGUAUUAGCUCGCCCUGGCCUGCAUUGCGUCGAAUUCCCCCCAACCCACACGCGAGCGCGCGCGCGCGCGCGCACGCACGCACACACACACAUUCACACACACUCGCACACAUACACACAGUCUCUCUCUCUCUCUCUCUCUCUCUCUCUCUCUGUUAUGUAUGCGAAAUGCAGCGCAUUUUUUUCUUCUUCUUGUAAUUACAAAUAGCCGUCGUUCUUCGCAGCCCCCUCCAUUCUAAACACAGUAUGAAGGAAUACCCGAGCGCCCCGGGACGUCUGCAUCCUGCCCGCGCCAAACAGGAAAAAACCGUCAAAUUUCUGCUGAUGUGGCAGCGUCGAGUAGCCUAAUGGAAAGAGUUUGCUUAUUGCCCCUUAAGAUAUUCAGCUUUCAGUCCCGCCAUCCUGAUGUCUCGCGCUGCAUAGCACGCCGAACUGAAGUGCAAACGGGCUAGGAUCGCCAGAUAUUUGUUUCCGCUUUUUAAAAAAUCUCUCUUACUGGCUCUUGUACUUUCCCUUUCUUUUCGGCAUGGUUUUAUAUCGCUUUGGCUUGAGGACUUCAACCCUCCGAGACUUAAACCUUUCUGAGAUCUAUCUGUUCAGGUCAUCGUAAGCUUACACCAAAAUGCUAGGGAUGCUUGUGUGGAUAAUGCAGUCUAUGACUAUUACAGGAAAGCACACACAGAGUGCACUGUGAACUGAUUACAUUACGAAACAGGGUCCGCGAAGUUAUCGCGUUAUCGGAACCCACGAAACAUACGCAUUCCUGUAUAAGAAACCGACUCUCAAGAUAAGAGCUCUCCCGGAACAUUUGCAACGCGGAAAAGCAAUGAUCGAGACACCAAGAACCGCCGGGAGAGCGCACUAAGGGAAGACGGCCUGUCGCACGCGCUAGAUAAGCUUUACAGGAAUAGAAAUUGGAGAAGAGAACCGCGAUAAGACUGAAUGUCUGUUGAACCGGGCUAACGAAACCCUGCACAUCACACAGUCACCAGUCCGAUUUAGACCAGCGGAAUGACUGUAGUGGCCGGAGAUAACAUGGACGAGACCUCGGCUCUGCCCGGGAACCCGCUGGACACGUACUUCCCUUACCACGAAGACCACGAAUGUUGUGAGCGAGUGGUCAUCAACAUAGCCGGGCUUCGCUUCGAGACUCAACUGAAAACCCUGGCGCAGUUCCCCGAGACUCUGCUGGGCAAUCCCAAGAAAAGGAUGCAGUACUUCGACCCACUGAGAAAUGAGUACUUCUUUGACAGAAAUCGUCCGAGUUUCGAUGCCAUUCUCUACUACUACCAGUCCGGUGGCAGGUUGAGAAGACCGGUAAACGUACCUCUGGAUAUGUUCUCGGAAGAGAUCAAAUUUUACGAGCUCGGGGUGGAAGCGAUGGAAAGAUUCCGUGAGGACGAGGGGUUCAUACGAGAGGAAGAGCGUCCUUUGCCCGAAAAAGAAUUCCAACGCCAGAUGUGGCUUUUGUUUGAGCACCCAGAAAGUUCAGGGCCCGCCAGGGGAAUUGCUAUAGUGUCCGUCAUGGUCAUAUUGAUUUCAAUUGUCAUAUUUUGCUUGGAGACCUUGCCCGGACUGAAACAAGACCCCGCGGGGCAUCUGGAAGUCAUGGGGAACACUACCUUCUACUAUAAACCAAAUAUAUUGACAGACCCGUUCUUUAUUGUGGAGACCCUCUGUAUCAUCUGGUUCUCGUUUGAGUUGAUAGUGCGUUUUUUCGCCUGCCCGAGUAAGGCGGCUUUCUUUAAGAACGUGAUGAACACUAUCGACGUAGUGGCCAUCAUUCCCUAUUUUAUCACUCUGGGGACAGAGCUCGCGGAUGAUCAAGAAGGCAAAGAGGUCAAAGGAGAGCAGGCGACGUCCUUGGCUAUCCUCAGGGUAAUCCGUCUGGUUAGGGUAUUCAGAAUAUUCAAGCUUUCACGGCACUCGAAGGGUCUGCAGAUUUUAGGGCAGACCCUUAAAGCCAGCAUGCGCGAGCUGGGACUACUCAUUUUUUUCCUCUUCAUAGGCGUCAUCCUGUUCUCCAGCGCCAUUUUCUUCGCCGAAGCCGAGGAGAGCGGGUCUCACUUCACCAGCAUCCCGGACGCGUUCUGGUGGGCUGUGGUAUCCAUGACAACCGUAGGCUACGGGGACAUGUACCCAGUGACGAUAGGGGGCAAGAUCGUGGGAUCCCUGUGCGCCAUUGCCGGCGUGUUGACGAUUGCGCUUCCGGUACCUGUCAUCGUCUCUAACUUUAAUUACUUCUACCACAGGGAGACCGAAGGGGAGGAGCAGGCUCAGCUUUUAAAUGUCAGCACCCCGAACAUCGCAUCUGACUCCAACUCAAGCCGCCGCAGUUCUUCUACCGUCAGCAAGUCAGAAUAUAUGGAGAUUGACGAGGACAUAAAUAACAGCAUUGACAAUAUAAGAGAGGCAAACCUCAAAACUGGGAACUGCAUCGUAGCCAACCAAAAUUGUGUUAACAAAAGCAAGCUGCUAACUGACGUUUAGAACUUUAAUUCUUGCCGCCACUGCACUCAAAGGACUCCUCACUCCUUGAAUAGCCUGUUCUGUACUUCGCCUGUAUCCGAAAGCUUUAUUUGCAUAAUGCGUUCUUGCAUUGCGAUUUUAAGCCCCAGCAAGAUCAAAGGAGAAACACUUUCAGAAUAGGCCUCAUGAAAGAUGAAUAUGUUUUCUUUUGAAAUGGGAUCCUUGCAAGCUGAUACAGGAGCAAUCUGUUAACCUGGGUGAUUCAAAUAUGACUGUAGGCUACAACAAAUCCACUACACCGGACUUCUUUCAAUUGCUUGUCAAAACAGACUAACUGAUGGUUUAAAAAAAAUAUGUUAUGCAUGGACUCAGGCAACCUGGAAUGUCUCUUGAGUUAUUAAUUCUACUGAAACGCACGCAUCUGCAGCUAUCGAUCAACGUACUUCUUCGUGACAGGUGACCAAGCUAUACUAACCAGCCUAAAGCACUUUAACGAAACCUACAAAAAGACUGGUCUAUCGCAGCGAGAGGAAAUAACGGUCUCGAAGACGUCCACAAUGCUGCUAUUCUAUCGCAGAUGCUGUAAUUUCAGAAUGUUGCCGUGUGGAACAUGUGAGAUGCCGUGCCCUUUAUAUGCUCGAUAGCACAAUGACAACAAAAAAGGAAGAAAAAGUUAAAUAUUAGCAUGUUCAGAUAUUCUAAUUUUUUAAUAUUGGCAUGCGUGAAACAUUACCUCAUUACAAUCAGAUUUCUUUGUUGUUUGAUCCCAUUAUUAUUAUUAUUAUUAUUAUUAUUAUUAUUAUUAUUAAGUUUCUCAUUUGCUUUCACCAAAAGUGCACUAGCUAUCAAUAAUUUAAGUUGUUAAUAAUUUAAAAGUAUUUAAGUGCUGAAUGUUAAAUCCUUAGGGAACAGUAAAUUCUGCAGAUCAUUGCAUGUCAAAAGUGCUCAGCAUUAUAGCCUAAUCGACUAAGGUACUAUGUAUCCUAGUAUAUUUAAUGCAUGACGUCAGCAUUAAGAAGCUUGCGGUAAUGAAUGAUUUAUCGAACGACUUUUUUCCUCGUUAUUGUUUGGGACGUGAGGAAGCGCCGUGACCACGGCGUGCGUCCCAAAACUUGACUAUGUAUAAAUCCCAGGCCAACACGGGAAAAAAAGGUUUUAAAACCAUAAAAAGAUUAAAGGGGAACGGAUCAAAAGGUAUAUCAUAUAGCCUGCACUUAGCACCCAUUACAGUCAACACUCAUUUAAGGGUGCACUGCAUGGACGUUCUAUAAAUAAGGAAGCUAAAAAAUUGCAAUGUAAAUGAUGCAUCCCUAUUGCGUUAUUUUAAUAAGUUUGCUAGUGCCUUUGACCCUGUAACCCAUUGGAUUGUUGAAAGUGCCUCAUUGUACACUAGAAUAACACAAUUUAAAGUUGAAGUGGAGUGAUUCUUUGCUCAAUUGCACUAAUAAUCAAUCCAUGUGUUCUUUAGUGACCAACAGUUAAAUACCCCAAGCUUACGUUAGCAAGUGUUCUGAAAAAUGAGUGAAUUCUUGGAUGUAGUGAAGAAGUGAAAAUGUCUGAAUUUGUGUCUGAAUCGAAGCUUUGGGCUGCCGUUCAAAUGGCACACUGUGUGUCAGCCUCAGUGAAAUCCCCAAUACGACUUCAUUAUGAGUCAAUUAUGAGUAACCUAUACUAGUAAAAUUCAUCUUAAUCUAUACACUUUUUCUCAACAUACUGUACCAACAUACCUAUUUGUUAUUCAUUUUUCUAUUUUUUAUUUUUUAUUUUUCGUUGUCUAACUGCCCUGCGGUGGAUUGGGGGCCUGUCCAGGGUGUAUUCCUGCCUCUUACCCAAUGCAUGCUGGGAUAGGCUCCAGCACCCCCUGCGACCCUGCCUAGGACAAGCGGGUAUAGAUAAUGGAUGGAUGGAUGGAUGGUUGUCUAACUCAGCUGUGGUGGUAUUAUUCAAUGCAGCGCUCGUUAUUUGAAAUGUUAUUUGAAUUUAGCGUUCAGCUGAUUGUCAUGCUUUUGGACAACCACUUUUAAACCACUGGGAUACCCGGAAGAGUAACGCAGGCACUUAGCGUGAAUGAACCCCAGACCCUGACCCCUCCGAGGCACGGCCGUAAGUCAUGCGUAGUCGUAGGAUUUAUAGAUUUCAAGUCAGAAAGCUGUAGACUUUGGGAGAGUCUGUAAGGGGAUGUCUGGUAUGGAAGGGGCAUACUUCAGACUUCAGUUUCGAACAACAGGAAACCCCACCCCCCCUCCCCCAACAAAAAAAUUUAAAUAAAAAGCAAAACUGAAUAAUAAUAGAGGGCAUUAUCCAAUUCUAAAAGGGACAUUUCUCCCUUACUAGACCUUCUCAUAUAUUUUUAAAGACAUAAAAUUGUGUUGUGGUUAUCUAGAUACAGUGAGCUCCAUAAUGUCUGGGACAAACAUAUAUUUCUUGAUUUGGCUCUGUACUCCACAAUUUUAGCCUUGCAAUAAAACUAAUCACAUGUGGUUAAAGUGCAUAUUCUCAGUUUUUAUUUAAAGGUAUUUUAUACACUUUGGUUUCAUCAUGUAGAAAUUGCAGCACUUUUUAUACACAGCACCCCAAUUCAGGGCACCAUAAUGUUUGGGACAUAAUAAUGGUAUGAAAUGAAAAUAGUCAUCCUUAGUACUUAGUCACUUAUCCUUGCAUGCAAUGAGUGCUUGUAGUCUGUGACCCGUAGACAUCACAAGGUGCUGAGUGUUUUCUCUGAUGAUGCUCUGCCAAGCUUGUACUGCAGCCACGUUCAGCUCCCGUUUGUUUAGGGGGUUAGUUGGCUUACAUUUUCUCUACAGCAUAUGAAACACAUGUCCAAUUGGAUUCAUAUCAGGUCAAUGACUUUGCCAGUCAAGAAUUAUCCAGUUUUUGGGAAACUUCUUUGUUGUUGUUUUUAGUAUGUUUGGGAUCAUUGUCUUGCUGUAGGAUGAAGCGCCAUCCAAUGAGUUUGGAGGCAUUUGCUUGAACUUGAGCAGAUAAGACGCUUCUGUACAUUUCAGAAAUCAUUCUGCUGAUGAUGUCAGACGUUAUAUCAUCAAUGAAGACAAGUGAGCCAGUAUCUGCUGCAGCCAUACAUGCCCAAACCAUAACACCCCCGCAGCCAUGUUUCAUAGACAAGGGGGUGAGGGGGGUGCUUUGAAUCUUGGGCAGUCGUUUUUGGCCUCCUCACAUUGCUGUUGCCAUCACUCUGAUACCAGUCAAUCUUGGUCUCAUCUGUCCAACAAGACAUUUUUCCUGAACUCAACUGGCUCUUUCAGGUAUUUCUUAGCAAACUGUAACCUGGCCAUCUUAUUUUUGAGCUGACCUAGUGCUUUGUGUCUUGCAUUUGUCAGGACAGUGAGGACUGAGUAAAAUAUGCAUAUGUUCUGAAUACAACAAUGUAUGAAAAGUGCUGUAAUUUAUACAUGGGAAACAGUAUAAAAAUAAAAGUUGAGUAUGUGCCCUUUAAAAGCAUGUCAAUUGUUUGAUUACUAAUCUGAAAUUUUGCAGUAGAGAGCCAAAAUAAAAAAAAAGAUGUCUUUGUCCCUAGGAUUAUGGAGCUUUCCAUGUCCUACAUCUGAAACGUUUCUCAGAGCUGCCACCACAUGGGUCACGAUUGUCCAUAUGUUGUUCUUAGUUUUGUUGAGGCGUUUGGACUUCUGAGGUUGUUGUGCAAAGGAAAAGACAGGAACCACAGCUACCUUAACCUUAAUGCAGGUAUGUUUAGUCCUCGCUUUGAGGCAGAAUGGUGAAAUAAUAAAUAUGCAUGCUCUCUGUAUCCUCCCACAAUGUUUUAUUGAAAGAAAAUACGCACUGGAAGAGCUUGAUGUACAUAACUUGUGGACAUUCCAAGAGACAAAAGGGUAACAUACAAAUUCAUACUAUUUAGAAAUUAAUGAAGUUUGAAAAGGUAACGCAGGCUAAAUUGCUAGACUUGUAUUAGUGAGAUACUAAUCCAGGGGUGUUCAUCUCUGGUCCUGGAGGACCAAACUCUGUGCUGAUUUUUGACAUAUGUGCAGGCUGCAGUGUAUGUUUGUUUUCAUUCCAACCAGUCGCAAUUUCAGAAUUUUAACAAGCUGUUAUCUUUUCUUAGUGAGGUGGUUUUUAGAGGGACUGUUUAUCCCCUUAAGCCACACUAUCUAAACAGAACUCAAUGUCCGCUGUCCUAACACUAGUAUGGCUGACUAGCCUUCUAUCAAGCUUGGUAGCUGGAUAAUGUUUGUCUACUCAGAGAGCUACAAUACGGUCCCAUUGGGUUUGGCUGGCAGUUCAUCGGCUGCCACUGCACUGGACGUUUCUAAAAUGGCCGACGUUAUGAAGGCAGGAGAUUUCCGUUACUUAGGACACACGGCUCGUUCUCACUCAGCUGCAGUCCACGGUUCGCUUCGUCCCAGCAGCGCACUUCUUCUGCAGCCAUGGCUUCUGAUUUUCUACAAGUUAUUGUUUCUUUUUUUUUAUUUAUUUU